AUGGCUCUCAUCUCUCUGCUUCUGCUGGCUGUUUUGCUGCCGUAUCUGAGCCACUCUGCCAGUGUUAAUGUUGGUAUAAUAAAUGGCACAGAGGCUAAACCUCACUCCAGACCCUACAUGGUGUCUGUUCAGGAAUAUGGAUCACACGUCUGUGGCAAGUCAAGUCAACUACGUGGGAAAGCCAAACAGAGCAAAACUGUUAACUGGAUCUCCAUCCCUAAAACAAAUGAGGGCAUUAAGGCCAACUCGGUCUGCAGUGUAGCUGGCUGGGGAAAAACAGGAUCCUUCAAAUCUGGUAGCAAUCGUCUUUUGGAGACCAAAAUUACUAUUGUGGCGGAAAAAGAAUGUAAGAAGCUCUGGAAGGAGGAUCUGACCCCAAGGAUGAUAUGUGCAGUUCAUCCUGGAGGGACUUGUGAGGGAGACUCUGGAGGUGCUUUGGUGUGUGGAAAUACUGCAGUGGGCAUUGUUUCCUUCGGUCAGAAGGACAAGUGUGAUGCACCCACGAAGCCAGAGGUCUUUGCCAAAAUAUCUGCAUUUCUGCCCUGGAUCAAGUCCAUUAUUGGGAAAGUUUAA